UUUUUUCAUUUUUAUAUUAUAAAUUUUAUCGUAUUUUUUAAUUUCAUUCAUUGACAAAUUUCGUAAUUUACAUUCGAAGGAAACUUCCUUAUCUUUUCUUUUUUUUUUUUCAUGUGGGAUAGAGGGUUGUUAAGUUUUGUCUAGGAUAUACAUGGUUCUGUUCAGAAAGAAUUGUUUUAGUUUAAUCUUGUAUAAAAUUAUUGUGCAAAAUUAUCAUAGUAAACACUCGGUAUAACCAACAAUUGAGUUCAUUUAUCUGCAAUAAACGUUGUAUUUUUUAGAUAAAUAAAUAAGAUAAUAAUAUUUUUAAAAAAAUGUAUGAGGACGAUAAUAUCAUUUGUUAACAAGAAGUUUUGAUCAUGACAACAGUGAAAGUUCAUGGCGGAGUAGAUAUACUACGGCUACCUGUUAAUGAAAAGGAGCAUGUCUUUCCACCAUGGCAAAUAAAAUAUACUCAAUCUCAUAUACUUCAUUCAAAAUGUUCAAAAAGCGAAAAUGGUUGCGGUGACCAAGAUGACACAACAGCAUGUCAAUUUUGCAUAUAUAGUAAAACAUUAGACCUGCCACAUAUGCCCGAUAUGGUAUUUCCAAAUAACAUAUUAACUUUGAAACACCGAACUGGAGCUAUCUUGCAGUUUAAUGCACUUGAUGCAUUAAAAUAUGUUUCCAAUGGCAAAAUCAAUGUACAACUUGCAUGUGCCGAAGCAUGGAAAGAAUCAAGAUUAGAAAGCAGCGAAUUUUUGGAAGAAAAAGUUAAACCAUUUGAUUGGACCUUUACAACCAAUUAUACUGGUACAAUAUCUGGAUUUCAUUUGGAAGAAACUAACGAAAGAAUUGAUUUAGAUAAAUUAAAGAGAAGAGAGAAAAUUAGGUUUUAUCAUGAUUUGACACUUUUUGAAGAUGAACUACAUGAUAAUGGUAUUGCUGUAUGUUCAGUUAAAAUUCGUGUAAUGCCUACAAGUUUCUUCAUUCUUCUGCGUUAUUUUUUGAGAAUUGACAAUGUUAUGUUAAGAAUAAAAGAUACUCGUAUCUAUCACGAAUUUGGACAAAAUUUUCUGUUAAGAGAAUUCACUACUCGAGAAGCCAAAGUUGAAGAUAUUCAUGUAUCUCCAGUUUUGUUCAUAGAACCAAGUGAUAUAGCACCUCACCUGCCAAUAAUCGAAAGUUAUUAUCAUAAAUUGAUUGUUUCGUCGAGAGAAGAAGAAACUGAAAUAAAAGAUGGAGUGUCAACAUCCGUUGAUAACACAACAGAUACUACUGUUACUUAAAGAUUAUCUGAAAAGAAACAAAAAAAAAAAAAGAAAUAAAGAGGAAAUACAACAUUCGAUCACAAAUUAAUAAAUUAAAGUUAAUGAGCUAAAAACUUGCACGCGUUUUGCAUUAAAAAGAAAAAAAGAAGAAAAAAAACCAGAAGAAGAAAUUAAAUUUUUUAAAAUAUAAUACUUCUCGCAAAGUAUAUAUAUAUAUAUAUAUAGGAUAUUAAUUUUAUAUAAUAAAUUAUUUGCUUGAAAAUUGAAUUGCAGUUGUAGCACAGAAGAAAAAUAAUAAAAAAAAAAAAUUAAAAAAAAAUAAAAAAACACAAGUUUAUAAUUGCUACGUCAGAGAUGUGCAAUGUAAAACAAACGUAAUAAUACAACCCAAAUGUUAAAAAUAAUAGUUUUUUGUUUCUUUAAUCUGCAAAUAAAGUUAUUUAACGUAAAAAUGAUUAAAAAAAAAAAAAAAAAACAUAUUUGUAGUGUAAAUUAUUACUGCAAUAUCUAACGUUGUUCUAUAUAUUCGUAUCCAUUUAGUUUAUUAUCAAGAGAAAGUCAUUAUCAAAGAAGAGAUAAUUAAAUUUAUCUAUUUCUGGUAAGAUACAAUAGAAAUAUAUAACUCGACAAUAAUGAAUCCCAUACAUUAAUAGUCAUAUAUAUUUGAUUUUUUUAGAUGACCAUCUAUAAAAAAAACUCUGGAUACAAAUAGUUUGAUAAGACAACGAUAUAAUAACAUCUAAAACACACACUCUCUCUCUCUCUUUCUCUCUCUCUCUCUCUCUCCAAUGUUGAAUGAAAUUUCAUAUGAAAUACAAUGGUACAGAUUGUGUAACGAAUCGACGAUACUCUUACUAUGAUCGUGUGUAUUCAUAAAAAAAACAAACGAUACCGAUAAUAAAAUUCUUGCAUUUGUAGACAUUGAA